CUAAUCACCCAUGAAAGCAAUGUUUUGAAGAGUGAGAUCAUACUUACCAAUUGCUUAGCAGAUGUGGGAAGUGCGAACGCGACUAAGAGAGAUGUUGUUUCCUUCGGCUGGAUGGUUUUGCGCGUUACCAAAAGAGAUCCCCUUGAUUUCAAUGGUUAUGGCUGCUGGUGUGGAAUUGGUGGGGAGGGCAAACCCGUGGAUGAUUUGGACAGGUGAUCUAACAAAGCUUUCCUUAGAUCAGCACUACUGAUUUUCCUAGUAUCCUGCGUGAUGAUUAAGUUAAAAACACAAAGAGUUGAAAAAAAUAAGAGAGAAAAACAUAGUCUUAUUUCAUUUAAAUAUUUCUGUGGAAUAGUCGACAAAACCGAAAAAGAAUUGAAAUAGACCCUUGGAAUCCAUCAACUUAUCAUGCUCUACCAUCUUAAAAGGAGUAUACGCUUAUUAAAUUGUCAGAAGAUGGUAAUGAAGCGUACUUUCCUGCUAAACAAGCGCUGUUAACCUCAGUGAUUGGUAGACACCUAGAACAACUUCAAAAAGUGGAUAAAUCUAUUUUCAGGUGUUGUCUGGUUCACGACAAAUGCUAUGACGACAUUGUACGGUCGAAGGUUUGCCCUUUCGAGAAAGGAGUUUAUGCUCUCCCCUACUCAACAAAACCGAAACACCCUGCCGAAUGCGGUAAGUCAAAGAGAAUGACUUACGUAAUCCUAUGCAUAACGGUAAAAACGUCUUUGUUGUGUAGUUUAGCUGUUUUAUUUGCGUCUGCUUUUGCUUUUUUAUAGGUUAAUGUCCAGUUGUACUGUUUUUAUUCGAAUCAGUUUUCGUUUUCCAGUUUCUUUUUUUUUGUAAGAUGAUUCGUUAGCAUAAACCUGAACUUACGAGCACAUUUCAGAAAUUUCGUUAGCUGUGGUACAAUAGGGGAACUUGAAACAGUUAUUGGAAUGGGUCCUCUGUUGUACAAUUUCUUGAAAAACUUCUUUUAAAAAUACUAGACAACAGCAUUUUAACAUAAAUUCAUUUUACUUCAGAACCUGCAUCUCAUUACUGGCUUAAAGGAGAAUGCCGCUUUCGCUUGUGCGAGUGCGAUGCAGCUGCCGCUAAAUGCUUUAAGAAGAAUCGCUAUCACGAGAAGUAUAGAAAAUACCCACAGAACAAAUGCACGAAUGACAAGCCUUCU